AUGGUUGGAGAUGGAAUUGACAGCACGAAGCAGCGGUCACCGCCGACCAGGGGCACGCCGACCUCGCCCGGUGCAACGCCGCGAAGCCCGCAUACACCGCAUCGCUCACCGCUGCGCAAGCACACCGCUUUGACUCGCACACCCAUGAGGGGGUCGGCUGGAUUGACCGCCCACCGUAACGCAAACGAAACGCGUGUUCCGCUGCCCUACCCAUCAUCCCCAAGCCCUGCCAUAACGCGCCCCGAGAGCACGAGCCCCCGCAACGGGAUCACCCUGGACCGUCUUCUCGAACCCAGCCGCCGCGGCGCCGCCCUGGUCGAGCUGCAGGCGCCCACUCGUCGCCGACGCCCUUCAGACGAAAUGGGCCCCGUGGAAGCCCGCCUGCAGCGUCUUCAGACCGCCCUGGCCGACUUGCAGCGCACGACCAAAGAACAGCAAGACACGGUCAACCAGCAACAGGAUGUUAUUGGCCAGAUCAAGCGCGACUUUGACAACCGGCUCCAGCAACAGGUUCAGCAGGUCCUCUUGUCUGACCAAGGCCCCGAAGACUUGAGCAACACCACCAGCCCGCGCUCCUCCACACUCCAGGCACCCAGCCCCAGGACACCCUCCUCUUCCCAUCGCAUGAGCGAUGCCCGCAGCCUACGUAGCGAAAGCCAAACCGAGGAUGACGCGAGUGAAACCGUGGAGCUCCCUGGGGCCCGUCGUACCCCUGUCUUCAAGUCCCCGUCUCCACACCGCGUUACUCGCCGAGAGGCCAUUGCGUCCCCAACUGUACGCUUUUCUGCCGUCUGA